GUUCUUUUUUUUUUCUCUUUGAUGUUCAAAAUAAAAAUAAUUUUAUUUCGAAUUUUGAUUGGUUCAAAUUGUUUUAUUUAUUCAUUUAUAGGGUACAUAAAAACAACAUUUUAACAGCUGUGAUCGAAUACUAUUAUUAUAUUAACUAUCAUUAAGAUCUAUCAGUCUCAAUAACAAAUUAUUCAUAAACAAUGAAAAUCAUGAUUUGGUUAUCAUUGAUAGUAAUGACAAUGUAUUGUAUGAUCAUGACAGAAGCUAACCGAAAAGUUAUUUUCAAAGGUGCACAGUCAUAUGCUGGUUAUCGAGGAGGUCAACCCACUCAAAGAAGACCAUCUAGUCCUCGUCGUGUUGAUAUUAAUAAAGUUCAACUGUAUGGUGCAAGAAGAAAUGAUCCAACUUACCGUGAAGGAUUAUCAGAACUAGCUGGUUUAAUGUGAAAAGAAAUGAAGUUUGAAAAAUAAGAACAAAAAUAAUUUAUUCACUAAAUACGCUUAAAAUUCUUUAAUAUAUUUUCUUAAUUAAUACAGUUAAUUGAUAAUAGUAUGGUAUUGAAAUUCUUCUUGAAGGGUUCUUUUCACAGAAAAAGUGAUUCUCUCUUUACUAACUCUCUGGAAGAUUGGUUAAAUGCUGAAUCAAAAAUCUGAUAGUCCUGAAUUCAAUCUUAGUAAUAUUGUAAGUGAGAACUUUUGAGAAGUUUGAUAGAAUGCCGAAAUAUCUAUUAAUAAAAAUCUCAAUCUCGA